ACUACUCAUCUGGCGCAGUUUCAAUAUGAGGAUGGAUACUGGGCAUACUAUGUUCUCAUCGGUUUCACUCAGUCGGGUCGUGUGGCCGCUGUUUCUGUAGCAAAGUAUAUCAAUCUUCUUGACUCGUGUACUGACUCUUUGUACAGAUGCACAUUCAGCUCUAUCAUUGGCUACUCGAUCUGUUUCGAGGACUGUACAUCAGCAGAAAUAGAGAUCAAAUGUACGCUGUUGUAUUUCGUUUCUGAUGUGGCUAAUCUUGUUGUCUAA